CGGUCGCCCGACCUUCUCUCUCACGCCCACAGGCCCGAUACACCUCAACACCAAACUAUUUUUCGCUGCCGUGCCCUCUGCAACGACGACGUCUGCCCGGAAGAAUCCCCCCGUCGUGCCAUCGUCGUCCACUCGCUUGGCCCAUCCAAUCGCUCCCCUUUCGCAUCGCCGCAGCCCGUCGCGAGUGAAGUCGGCCGACCACCAUGGCGUCUACAGCGGACCAAGCCCCCAUGGCACCACAAACCACUCCACAACAACCCGCCUCAGGGUCGCGACCGCAGAGCAGCAGCGAAGGUCUAUCGUCAAGCCCCGUCGAGAUGAGGACUCUCCAGGCGUCGGGCACCGUACCAGCUCCCGCCAGCACGAGCACGCACGUCGCAGAGACCCCCGUUCCAGCUGCGAUAGCAGCUUCCACACCACACGUGACCGAAAUCACCACCUCCGAGGACGCGCCCGUCGCUGCUUCCCCUUCUGCGAAACCCGCACCGCCUGCUGCGUUAAAUCGCGCAGAGACCGAGGCGAUUGGGCCGUCAACCGAUACACCAGCCGCGAACCCAGACAACACCAACGGUCCUGUGCUGGUAAUAAUGCUGCUCCUUACGAGUGGCUCGAGACACCCUUACAAGAUUGAGGAGAAAUACCUCAAGAAGCGCAACGUCAAUGUCGAGAACAUGGACCCCUACAACAUCAGCGUAUACACGCUCAAGGAGCUGAUAUGGCGGGACUGGCGAGAAGAAUGGGAGACUCGACCCACAUCCCCAGGCUCAAUACGACUGAUACACUUUGGUCGCAUGCUCGACGAUAAAUCCCCACUCAAGGACUGCCGGUUCCAGACAGACUCGCCUAACGUGGUGCACAUGACAGUCAAGCCACAGGAAAUGGUGGACGACGAGGAAAACGCCAAGACAGGCAAAACUGGCAGCCGAAGAGAUAACGACGAGGAACCUACAGCUGGCUGUCGCUGCAUCAUUUUAUAGGCAUGUGAUCAGUCGACGACACUUUGGGUCCGCAAAAGUAUAUACAACAUAUCGCGCGCAAUGGUGGACCUAGCCUUUGGCCCAUCGCUUUUCUCAUUGUGCCCUUCGAGGGUGUUUCUGGUUACCAUAAUUGGCCGUUGCAGGCGGCUUUGGGUCGCGGCGUUUUGUGAAGCGAAGUUGGGUACUUUCCUCACUCAACACAGUCUAGUUUCUGCUUCCUUGCGAGCAUAUGGGGUUCGCAGUAGUCUGGGCGAACUUGGAGUGGGUUCUUUUCUUUAUCUUUGUAUAAGUACGUACAUUUUCUGCGGAGGGAGUAUCGCUGGGUCAGGUGGAACAUGGGAAUAGACCGUAUUGAAUCUUGUGACAUCAUUUCUCAUGUGAAGCAAUUGGGGUAGAUGGAAGUGACAAGCAAGUGUUGUCGCAAUGCGAGACGCUAGUUGGGCGAUGG